AUGUGGAAAUGCUUUGCUGUGUUGCUCAGUGGCUGUUUCCUACUGCAACAACCAGUUCAAGCGGCCCUUGUUGCACUGGACGAAACCGGGUUUGGUCGAACCAACUUUUCCGUUUGCGACAUUGAACAUCAUUUUACGACACUGGCUGCUUCUCGAUAUUAUGAUCCCGUCUCUCAAAACUACACCGUCAAUAUCACCGGCGUUUCAGACAUUCUCGUCAACAGCCUCAAUCAAAACCAAACACUAUCGGCCGCUUCACGCUUGGAGCUCGUGUUAGGAUUUUCUACCAUUAUUAACAGUAAUUUUCAUUUGUGUCCCGACAUAAACACCGGGUGCCCUGUUCAACCCAACGUCAACGUCUCUCUCUACAAGACCGUGAAGCUGCCUCCGACGGCUAUUCCAUUAGGCGAUCUUAUUGGACGAUAUGCAGCAUGGACGGUGGAUCAGCGCCGAUGGAUGUGCGUUAAUUUGGCCCCGAUUGGGUAUCAGCACCCUACCUGGCAAGCCAUUUUUCUCUGGCUGCCCGUAGGAUUUACCGUGUUUGCCGCCCUCAGUUCGUUUCUCAUCUCCUUCUUUACGGCCGCUGAAGGCGAUGCCCAGGAUUUGUUUAUUUUCACUUCCAACUAUGCCAUGCCACCAGCCAUUCAACGCUUGAAAACCCCCAGUUUCUUUGAUUUCAUCUAUUACGCGCAAUUUAUCGUCACGAGUGGUCUGAUGAAUCUUCAUUAUCCUGCGUUUUAUCCCUUGUUCACCGCCAAUUUUGCCUGGAGCUUUUUAUUGGUCCCUAUUUCAUGGAUGACCAACGUUGUUACGUCCAUUGAAGGAGAUUACCUGAAGAAUAGCCCAUUUGCCAAUAUGACCGUCGGCAGCAACUCCACUUCCAUCUACCGCCACGUUGUUGACCCCUUGUUGUCAGGUUCCGGCAUGCGUCAGUUUGCACACAACAUCCAUCUGGACUACAAAGGCCUCUUUGUUACCUGCAUCAUCGUGUUUGCUUUUAUCAUGAUCGUCUGUGCCAUCCUAUGCGCGGUACUGUGGGCCUCGGUUCAGUUGUUGAGUAUGAUUUGGCCUCACAAAUAUGCCGGUCAAUCGAGGAAAUUGGGCAAUUUUUCGUUAGGUAUCUUUUUACGUGCGCUGACAUUAUUCUAUGUGCCUUUGGCGACGCUGUCAUUUUAUCAACUGAUGCUUCCUUCACCGUGGUACAUGCUGUUUGUGUCGUCGAUCGUUGUCGUGUUUCCCAUCUUUUUGCUCUACGGAUACGUGGCGAUUGUGCUCUUCAAUAUCCGACCGUCGUCCUUGAUGUAUUCGGACAUCACCAUGCUGCUCCGUUACGGUUCUUUAUACAAUCUGUUCAAAGAGGAUCACUACCCUUUCUUUAUCCCCUUCCUCGUAUGCAAAGUCAUUGUGAGUGCCAUGCUUGGUAUUUUCCAGUCGGAAGGUGUCGCUCAAGUAGUCGUCGUCUUGUUGUGUGAACUGGCCUUGCUCGCGGCACUGUACCUCCGAUGGCCGUUUGUGGAUCGUCACAUCAACGUGUACUCAGUCAUCUUUGCCGCCUUUCGCGUCGUGAUCACCAUCUUUAACCUCGUCUACAUUGAUGGUCUGGGGGUGCUGGAACGCGACAAACAGUACAUUGGCUACCUGCAGGUGCUCUUACACUGUGUUGCACUGUUCUUGAUGUUUUUGCUAACCGUGAAGAACGUGGUGGUGUUACUCAGCGCAUUAGGUACCGAGGAGUACACCUACCAUCAAGCGCCCUUGUGGAAAAGUCAAUGGGGCCCAGCCCAUACCCAGGAUCCAUCGAUCGCGCUCCCCACGGUCGUGAUGCAGGAACGCGGUUCGCUCGGAAUGGAUUCACGAGGUUCACUCUUACCGAUCGACGUCAUUGCUGAACCUCCACUUCCCGUUCCCGGCCAUCAUCGCGGCAUCAGCCAAUCGUCGUCCGUUCAACGUCCACCGUCCCCACCUUCUCAUCGCUCAGCAUCUGGCGAUUGGACAUUGGCUCUCCAUCCUCAAACAUCUCGCUCACGAUUGGAGUAUGCGUACGACGACGAUCCCGCCGUGGCUCAGCCAUUGAUGCGAAACGACGAUACCCGGUCUUCGUGGCAACGCUACGCGCAAGACCAUCGGCCCAUGUACAAACCGGCAUUGACCUACAACUUGCAGCCUCUAGACCCGACGCCUCACUCUCCUCCCAACGACCCUUCCUAA